AUGAGUGCGUCGCCUCCGCAGCCGAGCUCUCCUGACGCUGCGCCCGCCACGACGGCCGCCGCCCCGCCGCUCGCCCCCGGCAGCAGCGCCGCGACGCCGGGGGCGGGCAGCACGCGCGCCGCCUACCGCGCGCCGCCACACCCCCACUACCACCUGCACUCGGCGGGCGACGAGCGCCGCCACGGCCCCUACUUCGAGGACGGGCCGGGCCCGCACAACGUGACGGCGCGCGUCGGACACACCGUGCUGCUCGACUGCCGCAUCGGGCUGCUGCAGGGCAAGACGGUGUCGUGGCUGCACCGGCGGCACGACGCGCUGCAGCUGCUGACGGUGGGCCGGCAGGAGUACAGCGCCGACCAGCGCGUCACGCUCAGCUUCCGUUACCCCGGCAACUGGCGGCUGCGCAUCGAGUACGUGCGCCUGCGCGACCAGGGACUCUACGAGUGUCAGGUGGCCACGCACCCGCCGAGGGUGCUGCGGAUCUAUCUCACCGUCACCGCGCCCGAGGUGAACGUAACGGACGACAAGGGCCACCUGGUGAGCGAGCGCUACUACAAGGCGGGCAGCGCCGUCGAGCUGACGUGCGUCGCGACGCACCUGCAGGGUCCGCAAGAGGCCGUCGUCUGGCGACACGGCGACGCCACACUCACCACCGGCGUCAGUACAAACGUGAGCGACGAGCAGGACUCCAUGGUGUCGACGCUGACCAUCGAACGCGCGCAGAAGAGGCACUCUGGCAACUACACGUGUGCCGCCGGCGGCGCCGCCUCCACCACCGUCGCCGUGCACGUGCUCAACGGUCAGCUGCCGGCGGCUGUGCAGCACAACGGCUCGGGGUCUCGCCCGGCCAGCGGCGCAGCUGCUUGCCUGCUGCUG